ACACGGGGCGGAGGAGAGAAGCAAAGCAAGUGGGAGAGUGUGUUGAGGAAGCCGAGCGAAGCAAGGGGAGAAUUCGCAGAAAAUGGCAGCGGAGUGAUGCGAAUUGAUGAGAGCGACAGCGCGAAAGAGAUGAACGAAGAGAAAGGGAGCGAAUCCGAGGAAGGAGUAGCUGAAGAAGAACAAGAAGAAAGAAUGAGUGCUGAAGAUUUGGAUGGAAAUGAGGAGGAAAGGGAGAGUGAACAGAUAAUGGAAAGAGAAUCUGCAAAAGAAAGCAGUGACAGCAGCGAGAAAAUUUAUGAAGACUCCGAAGAAACGACCCAGAGUGAAGGAGACAAUUUGGAUGAAAACAACGCAAAGAAACCAGAAGAAGAAAAAGGAAAUGGAGAUGUAGAAAGAGAACAAAUUGACAAACAAGAAAAUUUUCAGUAUAGAGAAGUAUCAGAGGAUGAAUUUUACGAGUCGGUCAUUGAAUUCACAAAGAGAGCCACAGAGGGCGAGGAAACAGAUCAGGAAGGAAAACGCAAUGAGGAAAUUAGCGAAGUUGCGAACGAUGAAGAAAAAAUACCACUUGAAGUACGAACAGAGGCAGAAGCAAGUGAAGAAAAUGAAAAGAAAGAAGUUGAUGAUGGAAUUUUAGUGAAAAAAGAAGAGAAAGGAGAAAUAGAAUUAAGUGAAGAGAAAGAAACAGAGCUUGCAGUAGAUGAAGAAAAGAGUGAGAAAGAAGAUGAAGAAAGGUUACAGGAGAAAAGGAAUGAUAUGAAGACGGAGGAUGAAGUAAUUGAAGAAAAUAUGGAAGAGGUAAAUCUGGACGAAGAAUUUAAUAUAAUGCGUGGAAAAGAGGAGCUGGAAAAGGUAGACAGAGAAUACAACGGGAUGACUCAUGAGAAUCUUGAUGAAAAGAGAAGAGAGUAAAAUCUUAGAA